AUGGCGGCGCUUACAACGCCGCCGGCAUCCCGGCACGCGGUGAGUACGGCGCCGUUUCACGAGACGCGCGAAGCAGAGCUGGUUGGGGAAGAGUCUGCACCGCCUGGUUCGCCGGUUUCCUCUGGCGGUGGAGACCUUGCCGACGACUUCGAGCCUUCACGGUCGCUUGCAGAAACUCGACAGUCCGCGUUAACGCGGCCGACGAUACACACGGUUCACGUGCCGGCGCCGCGGGGCAUCCUCAGUGCCUCGGUUUGGAUGGAGCUGUACCGAACCGUGCUCCUCCUGUGCACAAAACCAGGGCCUUGUGCAGUGAAACGGGCGCUCUACGAGCAAGUCGAGCGUGAGAUGGGGGCGUUCUGUACGAGUAAGAUUCUUCCAGACAUGGAAAGGCGAAUACCGACUCGCGAAGGUGCCAACCGAGCAAUGUCGGCGAUGUUGUCUUACGCACCGAGCGGCUGCUCGCCAAUGCGUGAACUGGAAGAGGCACGCAGCGGGCGUUCAGCAUUGCGAGCUGGCAGAGCUCGCACCAGUAUGGAUACUCAGAGCUCACACUUCAGUCAUUCGAAAAGCACCGUGGGUGACUCGGACCGUGACCAGUUUCCGGUGAGUCACCAGUCCAUGGAAGAGGGGAGUCUACAAGGAAUCGAGCUCAUGGAUAUGGCUUCCGACGACGUGUCUGAUACCUCCGAGGAAAACAACGGUGCGGGCGCGAGCAUCACAUCCAUUGAAGAACUGCUGCAUGCGUUCUGUGCAUGGUGGAUGGCAUACCAGCAUCUUGUGCAGUUUGUGUGCAAGAUAUUCAGUUAUCUAGACCGUUGCUAUACGGACAAGGAGAACGGACCACCUCCUCUGGAACACUUGGGUCGAAUUUUGUUCCGCACCAAGGUUUUGGACAAGAUGCGCGACGUACUCCGAACCGCGAUCCUGACACUUAUUGCCCGAGACCGCAGUGGAGAAGUCGUGGAUCGGGCGCUCAUCCACUCGGCUGUGGUUGUCUUCACGGCAACGGACUGGGUCUCCUAUUAUACGGACGAAAUAGAAACCCCUUAUCUGGCAGCGUUUCAGACCCAUUACGCGGAGGCGUCAGAACGCUGGCUGCGAGAUUGCUCCUUCCCCGAGUACAUGCGAGAGGCAGAAGCAGCCUUGCGCCAAGAAAUCGCUAUCGCGCAGGCAGUGCUGCACCCGUCAUCAAUGGAUCGCGUCAAGGAUGCCAUCGAGAACGUGAUUUUGCUAGCACACGAGGAGAAGCUGCUUGCUGCGGAGACCUCUGGAUUUGUCGCACUCUUAUCUCAACGGCAGUUUGAUGACCUCAAAAGGGUGUACUGGCUCUACAGUGGCAAGUGGAUACAUGAGCUUUGCGGGCAACCGAUGGACGGCAACGGCGGGCUUGCUCGAUCAAACGCGAGUGGUCGCCUCGUUCCUGAGUCCCAGGCGCACCAAGAGCGUGCGCUGCGACCCAUCGCGCAACAGUUUGCGCGCUGCGCCGAAGCCGAAGGCGCGGCCUUGUUUGCGCAUUAUGACGCAAUCACCACUGAAAUGAAUCCAAACGGCGAUAGUGUUGGCUAUGAAGACUCGGACCGCUCGGUCGCACGAAAGCGACACGCAGACGGUAGCGAGAAGCAGGAAACAGGGCCCAUGUCAAGCGCGCUCUCUUGUGUCCUGUCACCAAAGUUUGAUGCACCUUAUGCUAGCUGCGGCCCUGAGGCAGAGAUCUCACCAACGGAACAGGCCGGUAUGUGGCUGGUCCGCGAGCUUGUUAACCUGCAUGAAACAUAUCAACUUGUUCUGCGAACGUGCUUUGAAAAUCACGAGGUUUUCUCCCAGCACUUUCGAAUGGCGUUUGAGUCUAUUUUGAAUAAUCCACGGGAUAUGAGCAUGAUACCAAAGCUGCUUGCAUCCUACGUGGACCGAGUUCUCCAGCGCAUCUACAUGAUCGAACCACCAGGAGCGGACUUGAGUGGACACCUCCGAGUUAUCGUACAACUGCUGGAGUACGUUUACGAUAAGGAUGUAUUUGCCGAUUUGUAUCAAUUCCUCUUGUGCAGACGGUUGAUCUUCGAUCUGAGCAUUGCGCGCGACUUGGAGAUCACCUUCGUCGAGGAGCUCAAGGCGGUCAUUGGACCCCUGUUCACGGCACGCGUUGAAGGAAUGCUGCGUGAUAUGCGCACAUCGCUGAGGUUCCAGGAGCGCUUCAACCAAUGGAACGCUAUCCUAGACAAUAGGGAACGGCAGCGUUCAACCGGUGCGGUCACCUUGGAGCACGCGACCCCGUCGCAUACGCCCGUCUUCCAAGCGAUUCUUACGACCACGAGCAUCUGGCCGUCCUUUCCCAGCGACGAUGAUCUCCGUUUGCCGCCGGCGCUGGCAUCCUGCCUCACAGAAUACGAAUGUUUCUACGCACAUCAGACGCAGUAUCGCCAAUUACGUUGGAUUCACGUACUCAGCAAAGGGCUCGUGGAGUGCACACGAGCUGCGUUCCCGUAUAUGACGCGGUAUGACCAGGUGGAACUUGAACUGAAUACGUACCAGUUAUGCAUGUUGCUACUAUUUGAGGAUCGCAAUGAGAUGACCUUCGAGCAGAUCUGUGACGCGCUGAAUAUCCAAGCCCCGGAAAUUCUGGACUUGUUUAAGCGUUGCGUACUCUCACUCUGCAACAAGAAGCAUUGCCUAUUCAUCAAGUCGCCGGCGGGCGCGGAGCUACGCCCCACCGAUACGCUCCAGUUGAACCGGUAUUUCGACCCGCAGCAACGGCGUCUUUCGUUUGCCUAUCUUGCGGACGGGUUCAAGCGAGAGGAGUGCCAGGCAACACGCCAGAACGGGCACGAUGAUCAGGUACCGCUGCUCGAGGCUACCAUUGUGCGCAUCAUGAAGAUGCAUCGCCAGUUUGCGCACCAGAAGCUUGUGGCGGGCGUCCAGAAUGCGCUGAGUACCCGCUUUACCCCGGAUGUCCAUUCUAUCAAGGAACGGAUUGAAAGCUUGAUUGCACGCGAGUAUCUGGAGCGCGACCCCCAGGACCCAAGCUUGUAUCACUACCUGGCCUGA